AGUCACUCAACAUAGGUUCGUUCAUUUCAGCUUUAAUGGUGGUGUCUUUUUUCUUUAGUUUCAUAUCUACCCGGUUUGUCUAAAGCUAUAAUAUUUUUGUUUUUAAUGGAGGAUGGAUUGGUGAACUGUCUGCUCUCUGCGGUCCCGAUGGAUUUUACGUAGAUGUUUUUGUUUGGCAGGAUAUUAUGGUUCUUGCUCUUGUCUUUCCUGGAAUAAUUCUGCAUUCAGUUUAAAACUUUGCAGCCUUUGUUUAAAAAAGAGAAAAAGACAGCCAUGUUACAGGUGUAGAGGAAGUGCGUCGCGUGUGUUUGCACCUUGUUUUGUUUGUGUGAACUUUUCCCUUGGACUUUUUUUUUUAAUCGAUCCGAGGCUGAGCGUUGCCAUGGCCGAGCUGAACGCGGCGCUGUGCUGCUGCUGCCGGAAGGCGCUGCCGGUUCCCGGUAAAACUCGGGACGGAGCUCGGGCACUCGGUCGCUGCCGGCUGGUUGAUGUCGCGUCGGCGUCCAACUUUCACAGCUUCUCGCUGCGCCACUUCCACUUGGACCUGCGGGUGAACUUCGGCCUGAAGAGGAUCACAGGCUGGCAGGUGCUGGAGCUGGUGACACUGCAGCCUGGUGUACAGGCACUGGUUCUGGACGUGCACCCAUCUCUACUGAUCCACUCUGUAGACUGCAAGGUCCCAGGGACGUCCGGAUCUCCUGAUAUCAUCUUCUCUCUCUCCUACAACCUCGAGCCGUUCACCGACUACGGGUCCUCGCUCCGCAUCGCUCUCCCCGUCGCUGCGAUCCGGACACACCGCCCCUUCCGGGUCACUAUCCGCUACACCACCACUGACGGACCUGCGAUCUGGUGGUUGGACACAGAGCUAACGUGUGGUCAGACGCGGCCGUUGGUCUUCACUCAGGGUCACUCUGUGUGCAAUCGUUCCUUUUUCCCCUGCUUUGACACUCCAGCUGUCAAAAGCACCUACUCCGCUACAAUUAGGGUUCCAGAUGGAGUGACUGUGCUAAUGAGUGCUUCCAGGAGUGUGUACUCUAAGCAGGACCGGCUGUUCCAGUUCUCUAUGGAGUACCCUGUACCUGCCUACUUGGUGGCCCUGGUGGCUGGAGAUCUACAGCACGCUGACAUCGGACCCAGGAGCCGUGUGUGGGCUGAGCCCUGUCUCCUGACCUCUGCUGUUAGUAAGCUGGGAGGCAGUGUGGAGCGCUGCCUUGAUGUAGCCGAGCAACUCUUUGGCCCUUAUGUGUGGGGCAGGUACGACAUUGUAUUCCUCCCCCCUUCAUUCCCUAUUGUGGCGAUGGAGAACCCGUGUCUCACAUUUAUCAUCUCCUCCAUUCUGGAGAGCCAGGAGUUCCUGCUGAUUGACGUCAUUCAUGAGAUCGCUCAUGGCUGGUUCGGAAAUGCUGUCACUAACGCCACCUGGGAGGAGAUGUGGCUCAGUGAGGGACUGGCCACGUACGCACAGAGACGCAUCACUACAGAGGUUUAUGGUGAAGCCCUCACAUGUCUGGAGACGGUCUUCCGUUUGGACGCGCUGCACAGACAAAUGCGUCUCCUAGGAGACAACAAUCCAGUGAGCAAGCUGCAAGCCAAGUUUGAGCCAGGAGUUAACCCCAGCAGUCUGAUGAACCUGUUCACCUAUGAGAAAGGCUUUUGCUUUGUCUCGUACCUCUCACAGCUGUGCGGUGACAUCAAAAGAUUUGACACUUUCCUCAAAGCCUACAUCGAGCAGUUCAGGUUCAGCAGUGUGGUUGCUCAGGACCUGCUCGAUUUCUUCCUGGGCUUCUUUCCUGAGCUGAAGGAGAGCUGUGUAGCACAGCGAGAGGGAUUGGAGUUUGAGCGCUGGCUGAAUGAGUGUGGCCCUCCUCUGUGUGAGCCAGAUCUUUCUGCUGGUGGCAUGUUGACUGGGCCUGUCCAGCACCUCUGUGAACUCUGGGGCAUGGACUCGCCUGACCACCAAGUCAUUGCAAACUUUGACCUCUCCACAUGGAGCACCUUCCAAACCGUUCUCUUCCUGGACCGAUUGCUGGACCGCUCACCUCUGCCACAAGAAGUGAUGAGUCUCCUGUCGAGCUGUUACUCUGUUCUGCUGGAUGGCAUGAAUGCUGAGGUGCAGAUUCGCUGGUUGCAGGUCGUAGUGAGGAACAGCUUCUAUCCUGAUCUGCAUCGUGUUCGCAGUUUCCUGCACAAACAUACCUCACGCAUGUAUACAGUGCCUCUGUAUGAGGACCUGUGUGGAGGAGUUCUGAAGUGUUUCGCUGUCGAGGUGUUCUACCAAACACAGGACCGUUUACACCCCAACCUGCGCAAAGCACUGCAGCAGAUUCUAUUCCAAAGCAGUGCAGCAAGCACCUCUAGCACUCCGGCCCUGGUUGGCCCAUCCGAGUCCACUCCCUCGCCACCCUCAGACCCACCCACUAAUGGGACCAUGGCCUUGCUGGAUGUCAAUGUAUCUGCAUGACACUUUAGAGAGUUGCAGGAGAUGCAGAGUAAGUGAACUGAGAAGUGAGUGGAGAAGCCCAUCACAGGAGGAUGGUGUGUGCGCGCACAUGUGUGCAUGCGCGUGUGUGCACUCUUCAACACUGGGAUUUUUACAUGCACCUUCAAACCUUCAAUAUUCACAUUCAAGCUGCUCAGGUUUUGUGGAAUAAAGUGGGGGACAGACAUCAUGGACUGUGUAUAAAGAUGAUAUACAUUUUUUUUUUCCUCCAAUUCUGUCCACAUUCACUGGAUAGGAGUAAUCGCACACUCUGGCUACUGUACUACUAGGAUAUCAGCUCAUGUACCAUGAGUAGAGAAAAACAAAAUGGUAGAGCGCAUCAAGUCAGAUAUAUCACUUUAUCAAGUAUUUAAAAGAAACAGAACUGGCUAAAAUAAUAUAGUCCACCCCACCCCCAGCUAUCUCCUGUUCUACACUCCAACCCAGUUGGUGAUGGUAAUGCACCUUUAAGUUGGUUUGCCAACUGCCAAAAAAAAAACCUCUAAAGAAGAAAAUGGCAGAGCGUGUUACUGAACCAGCCAAGGACGAAAUAAAAAUACUCAAACAAAACCUCAAAAAAUACCAAAAAACAGGAACAAAAUACGGAAUUAAAAUAUUUUAUGAUAAAAACGUAAUUUUUUUUUGAUAAAUAUUAUUAUUAUUAUUAUUAUUAUAGCCUUUUUCUCAAAUUGCUCCUGUCAUUUUGCCGGUUCGUGUACAUUCUAAGUGGAAAUGAUUUUGUCGGUUGUUUUGUAUAAAGUUUUUAUUUAUCAAAUUUGCAAAAAAAAAAAAAAAUGCUGUGUUUCUCAAAAUCCAGUGAAUGUGGAUAGAAUAAAACAGUUAUUCCACUCAAUCUUGUCAUACAUGGCUUAUAGCCAACUAGGCGCUACGUGCCUUAUAGGCUAUCAGCUCACGCACGACUCGAUUUCAUGGGAUAACUGUUAAAUAAAUAAAUCUCAAAUAUUAGUGUGUAUGAGGGUGCAUUAUGGAUGUCAGUUACAGAUUGCCAUCUGAUAAUUCCAUGUUGGGGUGUGUGUGUGUGUGUGUGUGUGUGUUGGCGUUUGCACUCUGCCUAUGCACCUAUUUGAAUGUUUUGCACCCUUGAAAACUCACAUGUGCCACUGACCUCAGAUCACAUGAUGUGACUAGUAAUGGACUCCCAAUCAGAGACUGGACUUAAAAGCCAGCUAAUGACACAUGAAAGCUGCUCAUGGAUUAAAGAUAUACUUUGGCCAAAAAUGAAAGGUACACAGUUUUCCUUUUAAUGUGGAUUUGGAUGAUCAGCCGAGGCAUGUUUGGUGUCCUGAAGUUAGCUGCUGCUGCUUCUUCUCCUUCUGAAAUUAGCUGCUUUGUUGUCGUCAUCAUUGUCUUCUUUUUCUGAAGUUAGCUGCUGCUUCUCCUUUUUCUUCUUCUGAAGUUAGCUUCUUUUUCCUCUUCUGAAGUUAGCUGUUCCUUCUUUUUCUGAAAUUAGCUUCUCCUUUUUCUUCUGAAGUUAGCUUGUUAUUAUUAUUCUGAAAUUAUCUGCUCUAUUAUUAUUAUUAUUAUUAUUAUUAUGAAAUUAUCUGCAUUAUUAUUAUUAUUAUUAUUAUUAUUAUGAAGUGAUCUGCUGCUGCUGCUUCUUCUGAAGUUAGCUGCUGCUUCUCCUUCUUCAGGCUGGAGCCCUACAAGGUGCAAUAUAUGCUUAUGCCCUCCAGUUUAGCAUUGUGCAAACUACAUUCCUAAAUCACACGCCAGCGUCAAAGGGCAGUAAGUGGGUAAUGGACUACUCCACCCUGAAACACAUUAAAUGUGCUGAGAUUGAAAUAUUAGUGAUUCUGCUGCUAAUUUGUUGGUUGGUGCUAUAUGAGAAUUUAGUGGUUGUCUGCUACACUAUCACAGGACGAUGUUGUUGUUGGUUGCGCCCAUACGAUAGUGUUUAAUAGGAUAAAUAUUUUCAACAAUCUCAGACAUAAGGUGUAAAAGUCAGAUUUCACCAUUAGCUUUUCUCACUCUCCAUUUUCCAGCAACAUUCAGUUUCAUAUUAAUGAAACGUUAGUGGAGACAUUGGUGCACAAGUUGGACUCCCGAGUUCCAGAACGCAGUUACGCCAAGUUACAGCAGAGACACGACUCGGCUAGUUAGUGAUCUACGAGCUCAUCAAUACGAUGGCAUUGUCAGCGGUAUUAGCCUGAAUACUGAAGAGUUCGAAGCUGAUCUGUUUGAGCAGAGCGCACAGAAGAGGCAGCAAGAGAGUUGGACAGAUUAAAGGACUAAAGCACUGCUGCAUCACUCUUUUUAAGUAGAAAUGAGGUGAAGGUUAAAGCCCACUGGCACCAUUAUCAGUGAGGAGUCGGAACAGCAUUGUGGGUAAUGUAGGGUACCAUUAAUGAAAGUGAAAACAUCAAUAUGCCACUGAAAAACUUGGAUCCAAACUGAUGAUCACGUUAAUUAUAGAGAGUCGUUCAGGGUGGAUUUUUCCCUUAAUAGACCACUUUAAAGCCAGAAAUGCUUCUUCCAUAGCAAAUAAUUUGGUGUUAAUCCACACAAACAUCGGCGCGAGUAAAAAAAAGUUCUGAUCUGAAGGUUGUGAAUUGUGUGUGAGAAGUGAUUUGGAUGAUCUUGUAGCUCUGUGUUGCACAUUUAUUUAUUUUUUAAAUAAAGACUGCUAUGAGUUAUUCUGGUAUUUUAGCAAACUGUGUACAAAAGAUUUUACUAAGUCGACUGACUUGUGUUGAAGUGAGUGUGUGAUCAUUUUGGUUCAAAGCUUCAGUGCAAAACUAAAAGCUGAUGACUGAUGAAAUGGUGUUUAAAUUCAUUUUUGGCCAAACGAUCAAGUCACGUGAAAGCACGUCCAUCAAGUAAUAUUCCAGAGGAGUCCUGAAUGAGCCUGGCUUCCUCAUGAGGACGACGCCCUGAAUGCAAAUUGGAUAAAAACUCUUUUUCCUCUUUCCUGAAUGGUUUGUUUGAUUAUCUGAACCCCUUUCCCUGAUCUUACUUCGAUUCGACUCUCAGGUGUGUCGGUGCUGAAGCAACAGAGACACAUCAGUGCCUUUGAAAGAAAACUUUCUCAACACUCAUCAGUGUGGCUGCCCAAAAUGACCAGCGACUUCGUUGUGCUUGAAGCCAUGUUUGGAGCACAUCAGUGUUGGAGAGAAAUCUCCUGCAGGUUUCUUGUACAUCACGCACACUUUUAAUACACAUCGUUCUUUCGUCUGUUUUUUUUUAUUAGGAAUAAGAAAAGUGUGCUAAUUAAAACUUUGGUUUGCUGCUUUAGGUUUUUAACAUCAUGGUGAUGGAACAGAUUUUCAUGUUAACACUUUUUUUUUUUCCUCAACCCCAUUGUUGUCAUUUUUGUUAGUGAGCCUGAAUGCCUUUUAAUAUUAAAAAAGGAGAGAAUGCAGCAUAAAUGCAACACAUUAAAUGCAAAAGAGGUUGGUGGAGUUAGAUUUAUUGAAGGAAAUGUCAUUGGAUGGAUGCGAGAUGAGUUGGUGUGUGUGUGUGUGUGUGUAUCAACAUCACUGGCCUUAAUAAGCCAAGCAAAUAAUGGUUUGGUUUCUGUUUUACAGAAAAUAAACGUCAUGAAAAUGA